AGAGGAGGCGGCAAGAUGGCGGCCGGAUGCGGGCCCUACGCCGCCCGCCGGCGCCGCUGAGAAGGCGGCAGCGCCCGACCCGCCCCGCCCCGCCGCCGCCCUCCAGUGCCGCGGGCCGCCCGGCCAUGUAGACGGGGCGGCGCGGCCGGCCUUCCCCGCUCAGACAGCCUCGCAGCCGGCAGGCGCCAUGGAGGACGUCGGCUCGAGCGUGAACGCGGACGCGGAGGUGCGGAAGCUGCAGGAACUGGUGAAGAAGCUGGAGAAGCAGAACGAGCAGCUUCGCAGCCGCCACGGCGCCCUGCCCGCCGCCCCCGCCAGCCCCAAGCGCCUCCUCAGCGGCGGGGCCUCCCCUUCGCCCCCCGCCGCCGCCGCCUCUCCCUCUCCGUCCGACGGCCGCUGCCUCAGCCCCAGGGCCGCGGCACGGCGGCAGCCCCCCGAGGAACCCGGCGGCGGUGAGAGCGACGGCCUCCUGGACGACGCGGCGCCUCUCCGGCCCGACGAGCUGGAGCGCCUGGCCGGCUGCGAGGAGGACGAGACCGGCUGGUUAUAUACGUCUCCAAAGAAGAGACUGACUCCAAUGCAGAAAUGCGUCAGCCCAUUAGUUUGGUGCAGGCAGGUGUUGGAUUACCCAAGUCCUGACAUUGAAUGUGCUAAAAAGUCGCUGAUCCACAGGCUGGAACAGACAAUGUCAGCCAUGAAGAGACAGAGUUUGUACAAUAGCCCUUUCAGUGCAGUCAGCUAUGCCAGCUCCUAUAGUCCAAAUACCAGUAGCCCCUACAGUAGUGGUUUCAACUCUCCCUCCUCAACACCAGUGAAAUCUGCAUUAGUGAAACAGUUCAUAUCUCCGGGUACCUCAGGUCAUCUUAAAAGCUCAGCUGAUAGGAAUCCUCCACUAAGUCCACAGUCCUCUGUGGACAGUGAAUUAAGUGCAUCAGAGAUGGAUGAAGACUCUAUUGGAUCUAAUUACAAGCUAAAUGAUGUUACAGAUGUGCAAAUUUUAGCACGAAUGCAGGAAGAAAGCCUCCGGCAAGAGUAUGCAGCAUCGGCUUCUCGGCGUAGUUCUGGUUCUUCUUGCAAUUCUACGAGGCGAGGCACAUUCAGUGACCAGGAGCUUGAUGCACAGAGUUUAGAAGAUGAAGAAGAUGGCACACAUCACACAGUGCACCCUGCCGUCAGCAGGUUCUCACCGUCACCUCGUAGCUCUCCCUGGCCUUCACCAAAACAGUCUCCAAGGAAUUCUCCUCGUUCCCGAUCACCUGCUCGAAGUAUAGAAUACAGUAGAGUGUCACCCCAACCUAUGAUUAGCCGUUUACAGCAACCUCGUCUUUCACUUCAAGGCCAUCCUACAGACAUGCAGACCAGUAAUGUCAAAAGUGAAGAAAAACUAAGGCGUAGUCUUCCAAACCUGUCCAGGACAUCAAACAUCCAAGCUGAGUCUGUGAAAAACAGCAGAAGUGACUCAAACUUCCAAGUGCCAAAUGGAGGAAUACCUCGCAUUCAACCUCAAGCCUCAGCCAGCUGUGGGGAAAACGUAUUGAAUCGGUGCGUUUGUCAUGGUUUGAUGGCGAUAGAGAACUCUCUCUGCCAAGUUUCUGCUGCUCUUGGGACACAGGCUUCUCUCUUGGUACCUGCUCUGCAAAGGCAGAAAAAUUUGCCUCGCGCGGCCUUCAAAACCAAACAGUUUCUUCAAACUCCAUCUGCAAAAGGAGUACCUUCUUCAAGUAAAUUCCGCUCACCCGCAGCACCAUCUCCCCUCGCUCUGCGACAACCGGUGAAGGCAUUUAGUAACCACGGACCUGGUUCUGUUGCUCCUCUGGAAGCCACACAGCUGACACACAGCAGUUCUUCACCGGGGCCUCUUGCAGCUCAGAGCUCAGGCUUGCCCGGCCCUGCCAGCGGUGUUAACAGCACCACCCUCACCAGGCCGGCAGGGACAGUGGGGAUGAGGAGUAGUUUGCCCAGACCCAGUGCCCCUUCCACGGGGGGCAUCCCAGUGCCUCGUAGCAAACUUGCACAGCCUGUCCGCAGAUCAUUACCUGCUCCCAAAACCUACAGCAACAUGAAAGACGAGAGUUGGAAAGAUGGCUGCUAUUGAACUGCAGAGCUUAAUGCAAAGUUCCAGUGCUCAUGGAUGCUUCCUCACCAGGCUAACACACAGCUUGAUUCUACAGACUGUUCAGAUGUGACUUUUGGGAUUUGUAUAAAUUCCAAACCUCUCUGUCUCUAAUUAGCACAAGCUGGCAGAGAUUAUAAAGCAGCACUUUAAUGACAUCUAACAUCAGAUGUUUGGUGGUCAUACAAUCACUUUCACAUUAAAUUGCUCUCAGUUGUUUUGUAGUUUUUUUUCUUGCUUGCUAAAAUGGGUCAAAUUUGAGCAUUUAUGACAGUGGCCAAUGUCUGGGCAAAAACCUAACGAAUGCCAAAGAAAUGCCCAUCUUGAAUAACAGCAAGUACAACAGUCACUUAGAUUUUCCAAAACUUCGUUUUCAACCUAUUUUAAUUCAACAGAAAGGUUGGUAAAUAUGUACUAUUGAAACGAGACUACAUUAACAUUCUGAUUUCAGACUGCUACAAUGCUAUUGAAACAUUGCUGUUAACAAUUGAAUGAGAUUCUUGUAGGGGAAAGUGGUACGUACAUCCUUCAGGAAGAAUCAGAAGCUACUCUGGAAGAUCAGGCAGAACAGUAAGGAGUAGCCGUGGCUUUUGGUAAUGUUAAAGACUUGAAUGUAGCAGACAUACACAAAUGCAAUAGUAUAGAUGGCAUCUUUCCUGUGUUGAUUUAUCAGCUUUACAUGCUCUUAGCGCUUGAUUGACAAAAGGGCUUAGCAUCAGUUGUACAAUCUUUCUGACCUUAAAGUUCCUGGCUCAGGAAAGAUGGCCUUUGCUGUUGUAGCCACGUUUUAAACACAUUACUCACUAUUUGGGGAAAACUUUUUUUAUAGCAGGUUUCCUUAAAAAGGAAGAAGCAAGUAGUAACGUUCCUUUGUUCUAAUACCAUACCACUAUGCUUGCAGCCUGGAACACAACUGUAAAUGCUGAUAGUAGAGGAGAAGGAAACACAACUAUGCACUUGUAACAUACAAAUUUUAAGGUAAUGAGUUGACUCUUGAUGCCAAAUGAUAUUCAUUUAGGUGAUGUUCCAUGGUAUGAGGGAGUUUUCUGUAUCCUAUUUUUUUACUUUCAUCCAUUUCUUAAAUUGGUUUAUUUUAAAUUGUAAAUAUUUUUACAGAAGGUAUUUCCCAUGUAAGUGUGUUUUAAAUAUGUACUUUGCCUUACAUAUGUGUAUCUUACAUUACUGGUAAUAGAGUAUGAAACCUGCUAUGUCUGUUUACAAUCUCUUGAAUUUCUCCUGUGGCUCUGACUUAUUCUAACACACAUUUUUCUCAGAACAACUCAUUUAUAUAAUCAGCAUUUGAACCAUCAUUUUCUGUUUCGGAAGACGUCAUACAAACACUUGUAACUAAGGUUGUAUUUGGUGGGACAAGUUAAAUGGAAGGGAUUUUGUUGAAGCUUUUUCAGUAUGUUGGAUGUACAGUCAAUGAAAUAAUGAAGUGUGAAUGGUAUCCUUUGUGCAAUGACUGACAAACACUAAAAGUUGGAUCAGGCAAUAGAUAGCCUUCAGCCCCUGAAGUACCUGAGUUUGGAACUGCUGGUGUACUUUGACUCCCACCACUAAGAGGAUAACUAACCCUGAAAUUCAUGCACGUGAGUUUUAGGCUAGCACUUGCAUAUUCCUGGAUAAAAAGCCAUGCAAUACUACUUGUGUUGGAAGAAGCCAAGCAGAAAGUAGCAGAGACUGAUUUGCAGCUCUUAAUUACUUGAGCAGCUGUAGGCAAGCUGGAGGUUGAUGAGUGACUUCACACUCCAGACCAAUAUCUGUGCUGAGACUUUGAAAUUGGUAUCAAAUAUACUGUAAUUCAGUAAGAUUUCAGCAGAAGUCACCUGCUGAAACAACCUGGCCUUGUGUCGCUGGCACAGACAGCGGAUGUCAGUAAGUGUCUCAUGCAGCUGUUAAGUAGAAGAGAUGAAAUGCACCUGUUCCCAUCAAAGACGGAAUUCUGACAUGUCAGCAUUUUACAAAGCAAUGCUGCUUCAUUGAAAAAAGAUUAUUUUUAAUUGGUGGAUUUUAUUAAACACCUUGGUUGACUUUUAAACCCUGAAAGUCAGUUUAGAUGACACUAUUGGGGUUAUACCAUGGCUGCAUCAAACUGUUCUUUACAUUUCCUUAAGCAAUUCGUUACUUGGGUAAAUUCAGCUUUAGUUCUUGAGCAUUCUUUUCUCUGCUGUUCUACUCCCCCUGAAAUACAACAAACAGCUUCCUGAAAAGACAGACUGUCUGUUUACUAGAAAGCCUUUGUGCAUUACCAGUUUAUUGAUAUCAGGAAAUCAUGGGGCUCUGUGUUUAGAGAUUUACUGCAGAAGUGUGGAAAUAUGGAUUUGAUAAACUAGUGCCUAUGAUUUACUUAACUUAUGUUUGAUAUAGUAGUAAGGGUUUUAUGAAUGUGGAUUACUUUUUGUGCCAACAGCUCGGAAUUGUUGUAUGUAUGUAGGCAGAAAGACUCAUUCUGCUUCCAAAGUUAUUUAAUUUUUUUGUGUUUGAAUGUUUUUUUGUAAGUGUUAAAGUGUAAAAAUAUAUAUAUAAAAUAUUCUUACCACAAAA